AUGUCUCGAGUCACCUUCGAGAUCAGAAACAAUGUGCCCCCUGGGAAUGUUGAUCGUAUCUUCGCAGCAAUUGGUAUCGAUAUUGACACGAACCCCCAAGAUCAACGGGCCGUUCUCAACUUGAUUCGAGAGAUCUACAAUCCUCUGUUGCACAAUGCUCUUAGCUGGGGAACUGACUGGAAGAAAAUGUUCAAUGGUAAGAAGACAGCUGAUAUCAAAGGUAGAUUCACCGCUAGGCAUUCCGAGUUGCCAGCUUCAGUUCUUGCUCAUGUCCCAGAUCCAGUCGAGCUUAAUGAGCGUUUGUGGGAUGUUCUUCGAUUUUACCGCUUCACUGACCCUGCAUGGAGAGUCACCGACCCUGCUUAUCCUAUUUAUUAUCUUGAUGCUGAUGGUCCUGCUCUUGCUCCUCCCUCUAAUAGGAUGGCUGCUGUUGUAGCUGCUAAAGGGAUAGCUGCUAAGAAUCCUGUUCCUGUCCCUAGUCGGCCUGAUAAAAAGUCUUCUCCACACUCAUCUCGGCGCCUUCUUCCCCUUUCCCGUCUCCCUGCUCCUGCACCUACCCCUCGAGUCGUCCCUGCAGUUCUCCCCGGAACUCCCCCUCCAGCUUUCACUGGAAUUCGCCGUACAGAUGUUCCGAAAAUUAACCCUCCAGCUGACCCUGGACAAUUCGUCCCUGGCUCUGUAGCUGGAUAUGUACCAGGGCGCUACGAUGUGCCCUCUGCAAUGGCAGCCCCACCUAUGCCUGGUAUGGUGCCGGAUACUUUGCAAACCUAUAUCAAAAGCGCUAAUUGCAAGCGGAAUAUGGAUACCCAAGCGGCCGGACAGGCUCCCCCACCACAAAAUAAGAAAGCACGCACCGCUCAUACGUCAAAAGGUAAGACUGAAUGGACAACCCUUACCAAUCUAAGUGGCUCGGAUUCAGACAAGAGUCAGCGAAGCAUGGACGCUGGUGGCGAUAUCCGGAUGCGUGACGGUCAUAAGCCUUACAAGGUUGCGAAUAAGCCUGAUGAACCAGAGCCUAAGGCAUGGGGUGCUAAGAUGCGAGAUUAUCUCGCUGUUUUUGGCCGCAGAACUCCUGAUGCAGGGCGGGCAGAUAUCUCAGAUGUUGAAAUGAAGGAUGGGGGGGAGACUCCCGAGGAGGAUGAAGGUAGUGGGAGUGACAAACAGCAUGGCAGUGAGAAUGAGUUUGGGCUUCAGCCUAAGGCUAAGUUUGAGGAGGAGUCUAAAGAUGAGAAUGAGGAUAAUGAGGAUGACGAGGAGGAUGAAGAUGAAGAUGAAGAUGAAGAUGACGACGACGAAGACGAGGACGACGAUGACGAUGAGGACGAGGAUGAAGAUGAGAAUGAUGAAGAGGAUGAUGAGUAA